AUGGUUACUAUGAAUCAUGUCGCGUACAUUGCAUCUCUUGUUAUGUCAUUAACAAUGUGGACGGUAGAGUCUCGUAUCCCAGGUGUUUACAACGGUGGUGCUUGGGAAACCGCUCACGCCACUUUCUAUGGUGGUUCCGAUGCUUCCGGCACCAUGGGAGGAGCAUGUGGUUAUGGAAACUUAUAUAGCCAAGGUUACGGAGUCAACACUGCAGCAUUAAGCACAGCACUUUUCAACAGCGGACUCAGUUGCGGUUCUUGUUUCGAAUUGAAAUGUGCAAACGACAAACAGUGGUGUCACUCCGGCAGCCCUUCCAUUUUCAUCACUGCCACUAAUUUCUGUCCUCCUAACUUCGCUCAAGCCAGCGACAACGGCGGUUGGUGUAACCCUCCUCGUCCUCACUUCGACCUCGCCAUGCCUAUGUUCCUUAAAAUCGCCGAAUACCGCGCCGGGAUUGUUCCUGUAGCUUAUCGUAGGGUGCCGUGUAGGAAGAGCGGUGGGAUUCGGUUCACAAUUAAUGGAUUCCGUUACUUUAACUUAGUGCUAAUCAGCAACGUCGCGGGUGCAGGGGAUAUUGUGAGGACCUAUGUUAAAGGAACGAGAACCGGGUGGAUGCCGAUGAGUAGAAACUGGGGGCAAAACUGGCAAUCAAAUUCUGUUUUGGUGGGUCAGGCUUUGUCUUUUAGAGUUACGGGUAGUGACCGUCGCACUUCCACUUCGUGGAACAUUGCUCCACAAAAUUGGCAAUUUGGUCAAACUUUCACCGGGAAGAAUUUCCGUGUUUGA